AAUCACAUUUCAAAAAAAAUUGGAAGAAUGCCAUAGAGAAACCAUCCUGGCCCAAGGCCUAACCACCAUUCAAGCUUUCACUACUUUAUGCAUCUUUGUCUCUUCAAAAGGCCUCUCAAAAUUGGCCAGUCUUCUGUUAGCAAGCACUGUUUUAAAAUCUUCUCAAAAAAGUUUUUUUGUUGAGAAUGGUGGGGAUGACUUCUUUUUGAAGCUCUUCGUUGUUCUUUUAGACUGAAUGAAACUCAGGGCUUAUGCUGUGAUCAAGUGAAUAUUUGACACUUCAGUUUCUUCUUUAGUUUAAAUGGAUGGAGAUCUAAUGAAGUUUCUAAUUUUCUUCAAGUUUUGGAAGUCAUUGAGUUGUACUCUUUAUGAGAAUGCUGUUAUUUCAGAAACUGUGCCUUAUUAUCUUUAGAUCUUUCUUCCACUGUCUUCGUAAGGAUCUGAGCUGUGCUUUUUUCCAUCCAACAUUGAUUUGGAUGGCCAAAGUUCCUCCCUAAGUCAAGGUUUGGGCAUGGUUUGUUGUGAAUGAAAGGUAAGUAUGGACAAAAUGCUCCAUUUAUGUUUCAAUUCAUUGUCCUGUUUCUCAUUCCCUUUGCGAAAGGUUACGAAUCUUGGCAGGUGUUUUCUGGGUCUUGAUGGAUAUUUAGCUGUCUUGUUUAUUUUUUUCUGCAGUCAAGAAAGGGCAAAGAUUUGAGCUGAUACUAUGCUACCCACUUUGCGGUUGAAUUAGCAUGAGAGAUGUGCUAAAAACCAUGCCAUGUUGGAUUUUUUCUUGGAAGAUCCACUGGGUGCUUUAUUGUUAGGAGAGAGUCAAUUCCUGUCAAAGGGUGAUUUGCUUCUUAUUUCUUGGUCUCAUGUUGUACUUUUAGAUCUUUUUCUUCUAAGCUGGUUGUGGAUGCUAGAUGUACCUUUAUCUCUUUUUAUGAAUAGGUACAUUUCUUGCCCAGAAGUGGGGCUUCUGCAUGAAAAUUCUUUCCCAUCCCUUAUUCUGCAAUUAUUUCAUUAUUCUAUAAAAAUCUUGCUUCUUAUAAAAGGAAAAAGGGGAAAAGAGGGAAAGAAAGAAGCAACAAUGCGACUCUGAUUUUAAGUCCCUAGUGAAUUACCCAACUGUUUUUUUGGUACUAUGUGCAAUAUUGUGUACCAUAUUGGGUUAGACAUCAAAAAAUGGAUAUUAAUUAACAUGGUGCUAUAUUGCAAGAUAUUACACAAACAAAAUUUUCUUUACAUUCUUGUCUUCUUUUUUAUUUCAAAUUAGUGUCUUGUAUGUGGCAGGGUGUAUAAGCCUUCAGUCAAUUUCCAUGCUAACCAAAACAACAAAUUGAAGCUUCAGGAAUUAGCUCACUUUUAUGUAGGAGUUUGUUUACUGAUAUCAAAGCUGAAGACUAAGGUUGUUAUUGUUUAUUCUGUUUCAGGAUUAUUGAAAAUGAAUUAUUUAAGCAAGACUGGAGGUCAAGGAAGAAGGUUCAAAUAUUUCAGUACGUUUUACUCAAGUGGGCAUUUGCACUUCUUAUAGGCCUAGGUACUGGACUAGUUGGCUUCUUCAAUAAUAUUGCAGUUGAGAACAUAUCUGGUUUCAAGUUGCUGCUGACUAGCGAUCUCAUGUCUAAGCACAAAUAUUUCAAGGCUUUCGCAGCAUAUGCUGGUUGCAACAUAGUUUUAGCUGUUGCUGCGGCAGCUCUUUGUGCUUUCAUUGCUCCUGCAGCAGCAGGGUCUGGUAUUCCUGAGGUCAAAGCCUAUCUCAAUGGCAUCGAUGCUUAUUCAAUACUAGCUCCUAGCACUCUUUUCGUAAAGAUUUUUGGCUCCAUUCUUGGCGUUUCUGCUGGCUUCGUAGUUGGUAAAGAAGGGCCUAUGGUACACACAGGUGCUUGCAUUGCCAAUUUACUUGGGCAAGGGGGUUCUCGCAAGUACCAUUUGACUUGGACUUGGCUAAGAUACUUCAAAAAUGACCGGGACCGGCGAGACAUGAUUACUUGUGGUGCAGCGGCCGGAGUGGCUGCUGCCUUUCGUGCUCCAGUUGGUGGUGUUCUGUUUGCUCUAGAAGAGGCAGCUUCAUGGUGGCGGAGCGCUCUUCUUUGGAGGACUUUUUUCACAACAGCAGUAGUUGCCAUAGUUCUGAGAGCUUUCAUACAAUACUGUACCACUGGAAAAUGUGGGCUAUUUGGCGAAGGAGGUCUUAUAAUGUAUGAUGUCAGUUCUGCCAAGACAACAUAUAGUGGCUCAGAUAUAUUAGCAGUAAUUUUCCUAGGAACUAUUGGAGGCGUUCUUGGAAGCAUAUAUAACUAUUUUGUGGACAAGGUCCUUCGUACUUAUAGCAUCAUCAACGAAAGAGGUGCUGCUUUCAAGAUCUUACUGGUUAUCAUCAUCUCCUCCUUGACAUCAUGUUGUUCUUUUGGCUUGCCAUGGUUUGCAAAGUGCAUUGCUUGCCCCACCGAUCUAACAGUGAGCUGUCCCACUGUUGGUGAGUCUGGAAACUAUAAAAGCUUCCAAUGCUCAUCUGGAUACUACAAUGACCUUGCCUCCCUCUUUCUAAACACUAAUGAUGAUGCUAUCCGCAACCUAUUCAGCACUAGUACCACAAAAGAAUUUCAUAUUUCCAGUCUUUUCAUCUUCUUUGGUGCUGUAUACUGCCUGGGAAUUAUCACUUAUGGCAUUGCUAUUCCCUCGGGUCUCUUUAUCCCUGUCAUACUAGCCGGAGCUUGCUACGGACGUCUUGUUGGGAGAUUGUUUGAAUCAAUGUCUACACUUGACACGGGUCUCUUUGCCCUUCUUGGAGCUGCCUCCUUUCUUGGUGGCACCAUGAGAAUGACUGUUUCCCUGUGUAUUAUAUUGCUUGAGCUCACCAAUGACUUACAAUUGCUUCCUCUCGUGAUGUUGGUUCUCCUAAUCUCUAAAACGGUGGCUGAUAACUUCAACAAGGGUGUCUAUGACCAAAUACUGAAAAUAAAGGGACUGCCUUACAUGGAAGCCCAUGCAGAACCUUACAUGAGGCAUUUGGUUGCACGUGAUGUUAUUACUGGCCCAUUGGUCGCCUUUUCUGGCAUUGAAAAGGUAGGAAAUAUAUUGCAUGCUUUGAAAACAACAGGGCAUAAUGGGUUUCCUGUUAUUGAUGAACCACCUUUCUCGGGGGCACCCGAAUUGUGUGGAAUUGUUUUGAGGUCUCAUUUGCUAGUUUUGCUGAAACGAAAGAAUUUUUCGAGGGAUAGGGUGGUUACUGGAGAUGAUAUCUUGCAAAGAUUUGCUGCAUUUGAUUUUGCCAAGGCAGGGUCCGGGAAGGGAAUCAAACUAGAGGAUCUAGAUAUUGAAGAGGAAGAGAUGGAGAUGUAUGUUGAUCUUCAUCCUAUUACCAAUUCAUCCCCAUACACAGUGGUUGAGACAAUGUCACUAGCCAAAGCUGCAAUUCUCUUUCGGCAACUUGGUCUCAGGCACAUGUGUGUAGUCCCGAAGAGCCAAGGGAGGCCUCCAAUUGUUGGAAUUCUGACUCGGCAUGACUUCAUGCCAGAGCACAUUUUGGGACUCAAUCCUCAUGUGAUGCCUGAUAAGUAGAUCGGCUGAAUGUUGAUUAAGGGGUCAUCUCUUAUAUUAGUGUUCCGUUCUAUGGUUGUGGGCGAUCAACUUGGUGUUUUGGACUCAUGGAAUUGAGAUUUGUACUUUAACAGUAAUUGAAAGCAAACAUGCUGAAUCAUACAGAUAUCGCAGGCAAAUUUGUGUCUUCCAAUCAACGAGAACAAUGUAUAUGACCACAUUAUAGAGACCAUUCUAUAUGCUGUCGGUGUAUUUAAAUACA